AUGAUCCACAUAAACUCGCUCCCCUCUGAGGUCCUGGCCCAUAUCUUUGAACUUGGGACUGCUUCACCAGAAAAUGACUUUGGUCAAGAAAAUUUCCCUUCGCUGGUCUCUCUUGUAUGUCAAUCAUGGCGCACACUUGCUCUUGAUACGCCUACAUUAUGGAACAACCUUACUCUCGACUCAAAGGAAUUGCCUCCGUUUACAAAAACCCGGACAUAUAUCACUCGCUCCAAGGGUACCCCGUUGAACGUUUAUCUUGAUUUCUCUUCUCGCGCACAACCAGACCUCGUGAAAGCAGUCCUGGACGUAAUCCUACCCGAAAUUGCGCGCUGGCGCCACCUCAUCAUUGUGGUGCCGAAUUUUGACAUUAUGUACUCAGCAGUAGAAAUGAUAGGCGAUGCAUUCAAACCCUACAAAACCAUGGCACCCAAUCUCGAAGUUUUGAGGCUCUAUGGGCCGCCCGAGUUCGACCCAACACAGCCCGAACCCCGCGAUCUACCCCCGCCCAUCUCCAUCUUUGGACCCACUCAUGUUGAUCCGGACGACGAAGACGAGUUCGACCCUACUCCCCGCUUACGUGACGUUGUGUUUUGCGGGAUACCCGUCAAUUGGGGGACAUUCCUUCCUUCCAACCUCGAACAACUACAACUUUCCCUUCAUUCAGGAUCUCGUCAGCCCACGUUCACCCAAUUCGCGCGCCUCGUCACUGGGUCUCCCAAGUUACAUACAUUGAUACUCAAUGCCAGUGGUCCAACGAUUCUACCUCACGGCCACACCGAGCCUUUGAGAGUAGAUUUACCGUAUCUCAAGUCCCUGACUCUGGAUUGUUUCGAUCCGGAGUACGUCGAACGUCUCCUGGCUCGCGUGUGCACGCCCUCGCUUGACGAACUUUCGCUGGCUGAUGCUUCAGGUGAUUCAAGUAGGGUGUUCGAAAUGCUUGCUAUUGGGCGGGGGUCGAACACCGACGCCGUUGGUCGUAGUGUAGGCGUAGGAGCCCAUAAUUGGGCAGCUCAAGCAUCGACGCUAUCUAUGGUUGCUGGAUCGACGUUAUCUCUCAACGGUUAUCUUGGGUCAACUUUCUCCGUAGUGGGCGCAGGAUCGAGUGCCUCGAUCGACAGCACCUCUUCUGCAUCCUCGACUGCUGCCUUUCCUCGCCUUACCACCCUCAAAAUUAGUUCGGUCGAAUGCACCCCGGCCGCUUUCCGCCAGUUAGUUCGCGGUCUGCCUAACCUCACCAACGUGAAGUUAGAUGCACGGGACGCGGACCCGGAAGUACUCUGCACUCUGGCAGAGACCGAGAGCGACAAUGAGAGCGAAAUCGACCCGGAAGAUAUGGUGCCGCCCCGUCCCACGUUCCAUCCCACGUUUCCAAACAUGAGGGGAUCUGCUCUCGAACGCAUUUGCCCACGCCUCCAAACUAUCAGCUGCACAGGCGUUCCUGGUAGAGUGAUCCGUGAGUUUGUGGCUCGACGAAUCAAGGCUCGUGUGCCGAUCCGCAAAGUGCGAGUGUGCGUUGCUUCUAGCGGCGAUGGAGAUGAGGAAAACCCUGAGCCUGCGGUAGAAGGUGGACACUGGUUGAGCGCCGAGGACCGAGAGUGGCUCGAACGACACGUUGAGCUUGAAUUUUUUGAUGAAGACGAAGAAGAAGAUAUUGACGGGGGUGCAUGGUGGUCUACCUGGGAUUAG